CCACUCUCCUUUCUCUUUUGCAAUAUUCCAUUUCACAGUGCAGAAGAGAGUGCUAAUAACAAUUUUUGCGGAGAGAGCAAGCAGCAGUUUCCUGCACUAUUGCUAUAACAAUCUUUAUGGAGCUUUAGGAUAAUGACUGUUAUGCAUGAGAUGCGAAACAUGAAGACGGAGGGAAUUUUGCUGUUUGUUCUCUGUUUAACUGCGGUCUCUCUUUUAGUGCUUGCUGCUCCACAAACAUGUCCUUCCGAGUUCGUCGAGCAGUGUGGUGCAUCAAACGAGUGGGAAGGGGAAUUCUUCCCCGGGAUUUCCGAGAUUAAGUAUGAGGGUCCUACUAGCAAGAAUCCACUUGCAUUCAAAUGGUAUAAUGCAGACGAGGAGAUUCUUGGGAAGAAAAUGAAGGAUUGGUUUAGAUUCAGUGUUGCAUUUUGGCACACAUUCCGUGGCAAUGGAGGUGAUCCGUUUGGUGCGCCUACAAAGUUUUGGCCAUGGGAAGAUGGUACAAAUUCGUUGGCUAUCGCGAAAAGAAGAAUGAGAGCCAACUUUGAGUUCCUAGAGAAGCUUGGAGUUGAUUUGUGGUGUUUCCAUGACAGGGACAUCGCCCCAGAUGGCAGAACUCUUGAGGAAACUAACAAAAAUCUGGAUGAAGUUGUUGCCCUUGCCAAAGAGCUUCAGGGAACCAAAAUCCAUCCCUUGUGGGGUACAGCUCAGUUAUUUUUGCAUCCUCGUUACAUGCAUGGUGGUGCAACUAGCCCUGAAGUAGCAGUAUAUGCAUAUGCUGCAGCUCAAGUGAAGAAAGCCAUAGAGGUGACACAUUAUUUAGGAGGUGAAAAUUAUGUGUUUUGGGGCGGUCGCGAGGGCUAUCAGUCUCUAUUGAACACGGAUAUGGGAAGAGAACUUGACCAUUUGGCAAGGUUUCUUGAGGGUGCUGUUGCUUACAAGAAGAAGAUUGGAUUCAACGGGACCUUUUUGAUUGAACCCAAGCCUCAGGAACCUACCAAGCACCAGUAUGAUUGGGAUGCUGCAACAUCAGCUAACUUCUUGAGAAAGUAUGGCCUUAUAGGAGAAUUCAAACUUAACAUUGAAUGCAACCACGCCACUCUAUCUGGUCACACAUGCCAUCAUGAGCUGGAAACUGCUAGACUGAAUGGUUUACUGGGAAAUAUUGAUGCAAACAGCGGUGACGCUCAGACUGGUUGGGAUACAGAUCAGUUUCUAACAGAUGUUGGAGAGGCAACUAUGAUUAUGCUGAGUGUGAUUAAAAAUGGUGGACUUGCACCAGGAGGCUUCAACUUUGAUGCUAAACUGCGAAGAGAGAGCACAGAUGUUGAGGAUUUAUUCAUUUCUCACAUUAUUGGAAUGGAUACAAUGGCCCGUGGAUUACGAAAUGCUGCGAAGCUUAUUGAGGAUGGAUCCUUGGCUGACCUUGUACGCAAGAGAUACAGCAGUUGGGAUUCAGAAAUUGGGGCAAAAAUAGAGGCUGGUAAGGCAGACUUUGAAAUGCUUGAGAAGAAAGUAAUGGAAUGGGGUGAACCCAAAGUUCCUUCUGGCAAGCAGGAACUUGCAGAGAUGAUUUUCCAAUCUGCAUUAUAGAUGACAGUAUCUAGCACCAGAUCCAAGUUUCUGAAUCUGCAAUGUAGGAAUCUUUUCAAAGUUCCACAAAUAAGAAUUAAGAAUAAGAUAUACGAGCAUCAUAAGUUAGAAUUAUAGUUGUUGCCAUAUGUAUCCUGCAAGUGCAAACGACUUGACUAGCUGGGUUAGGCUCCUCCGACUUUGAACUUGUUCUGUUGGUAUUGGUAUAUAUAAACAUAUUUAUCUUUUCUUAUGAUAAAAAAGCAAUUUUGAUGUCC